GAGUCCCGCAGCCAAACGGGAGCCAAACGGAGGCGGAGGAGAUGGCGUCUCAGCCGCCGCCUCCCCCAAAGCCCUGGGAGACCCGCCGAAUCCCCGGGGCCGGGCCGGGACCAGGGCCCGGCCCCGCUUUCCAAUCUGCUGAUUUGGGUCCUACUUUACUGACAAGACCUGGACAACCAACACUUACUAGAGUUCCCCCACCUAUUCUUCCAAGGCCAUCACAACAGACAGGAAGCAGCAGUGUGAACACGUUCAGACCUACUUACAGUUCAUUUUCUUCUGGAUAUGGUGCCUAUGGAAAUUCAUUUUAUGGAAGCUAUAGCCCUUAUAGUUAUGGAUAUAAUGGGUUAGGUUAUAACCGUCUACGGGGAGAUGAUCUUCCACCUAGUAGAUUUGUUCAGCAGGCUGAAGAAAGCAGCAGAGGUGCAUUUCAGUCCAUUGAAAGUAUUGUGCAUGCAUUUGCCUCUGUCAGUAUGAUGAUGGAUGCUACCUUUUCAGCUGUCUAUAACAGUUUCAGAGCUGUGUUGGAUGUAGCAAAUCACUUUUCCCGAUUAAAAAUACACUUCACAAAGGUUUUUUCAGCUUUUGCAUUAGUUAGGACUAUAAGAUAUCUUUACAGACGGUUACAGUGGAUGAUAGGUUUAAGAAGAGGCUCUGAGAAUGAAGACCUAUGGGCAGAAAGUGAAGGAACUGUGGCUUACCUUGGUGCUGCAGACAGAGCAGCUAACUCAGCAAAAUCUUGGCCAAUAUUCUUGUUCUUUGCUGUUAUCCUUGGUGGGCCAUACCUCAUUUGGAAACUGUUGUCUACUUACAGUGAUGAAGUCACAGACAAUACCAGCUGGGCAAAUGGUGAGGAUGACCAUGUCGUUGCCAGAGCAGAAUUUGAUUUUACUGCCGUCUCAGAAGAAGAAAUUUCUUUCCGUGCUGGUGACAUGUUAAAUUUAGCUCUCAAAGAACAACAACCUAAAGUGCGUGGUUGGCUCCUGGCUAGUCUUAAUGGUCAAACAACAGGACUCGUACCUGCUAAUUAUGUCAAAAUCCUUGGUAAAAGAAGAGGUAGAAAAACAAUGGAAUCCAGUAAAGUUCCUAAGCAGCAACAGACCUUAACCAACACAACACUAAUUAAAGGAACCACCGCUGCUGAUUCUUUGGACGAACAGGAAGCUGCCUUUGAAUCUGUUUUUGUUGAAAUCAAUAAGGUUCCAGUUGCACCUGAUUCCACUGGAAAAAAUGGAGAUAAACAAGAUCUUUGAUGUCUUUCAUGUUUGCCUGCAGUUGAACUAUUCUUUAGAGUAUUUUUAAAAAUUACUUCUUACAAGGAAAUUAAUCUACAAUCCAAUGAAAACAUUUGUUACUGUCUAUUCCAGGUGUUCUGCUGCUAGAAAUUAUUAAAGAUGUAUAUCAGUAUACUAGUCUAGUGACCAGGUUACAUUAUUACAAGUUAUUGGACCAUGAGGAUGUUUCUAUCACCUAGAUUUUAAGAUUAUGGAGACUGCUAUCAUUGUCAUCUUAUUUGAAAGCCCUGUUUAUUGAAAGAGGAAAAUCGAUGAGCUAUAGAAUUCAGAGUUUACUGUGGUAGGGAUCAUUAAUAUUUUUUUAAAGUUCAGACUAAUUGACUUGGAAUCCUCAGAAAUUGAAUAACAUAAAUAUAAAAGCAAGCAAAAGCUAAUUUUUUUUUUAAAAAAUUUAAACUGAAUAAUAAAUUUUUUGUAAUCUAUAUUAUGUUCAUUGUUGGGUUUACUCUAGUCAGUAAAAUAUUUUUACUCAUCAACAAUUGAUACUAUUAAUUUUUAUUGUAUUUUUUAAAAUUUGUCUUGAAAAAGGUACUAGAAGCUUUGUGAAAGAAAUGGGUCUAGAAUGAUAUUUAGCCCUAAUAGUUUUCUCUACUAGUAAAAAUGCUGAAACAUAUCUUUCUUGCAGAUUAUUUCCAUUUCUCCUAAAUAUUAUAUAACUUUUUAUCCUUUUGCAAUAUCUUGGAUCAAAUAUGUACAAAAUUUACUUUUUUUGCCUAUAACCAAACUCAAGCCUUAGAGUUUAUACUUAAUAUGUAAUUCUAGCAGAGAUGAUUUUCAUAGAUGCUAUUUCUGCCUAAUACAAUUACUUUUUUAAAAUUGUCAUUUAGGCUAUCCUUUAAACAUUAGAAAUGAAAUGAGCCAGGAAGAUACUUCACCUGGGAGGGCAUCUUCUUUGACAUGCAUGUAACCGAGGUUUGAGGCAGCCUCCACCAAACUAGAAAUUUCAUUGCUGUGGUGUCUUUCCCUCUCCCUCUGCCUCUCUCACUCUGUCUUACCCUAUUUGAAAAAGUUGGCUCUGAGUGGUGAAGCCCCAACAACAGUAACAAAAAUAGAGUAUAAAUACUGGAAAUAGAUCACAAUGAACACAUUUCUUUUAGCUUUAGCAUUUACUACUAAUACUAUGAAUAAAAUGCUCACUUCCCAUUUAGAAUAUGGUGAUGGGGGCCAGGUGGUGCACUUGGUUGAGUGCGCAUGCUACAUUGCACAGGACUCAGCUUCAAGUCCCUGGCCCCCACCUUCAGGGGGAAAUCUUCACAAGUGGUGAAGUAGCAUUGCAGGUUUUCUCUCCCUCUCUAAGAUCUCCAUCUCCCCACUCCCCUUGAUUUUUCUCUGUCUCUAUCCAAAUAAAUAAAUACUUUAAAAAAGUAGAAUAUGAUGAUGUUAUUUGACUGGGUUUUUGUUUAGUCAUUACUUUAAAUGCAGUUAAAUUUUAAUAUGCUGAAUAUUUCUCCCCAGACUAGAACAUUUGUAUACUUGAAGUGAUUUGUAUAAACAAUACUAUCAGGGAUAUAGGUGUACAAGAGUAUACAUAUUGUUGAAAACUUAGUUAUUUGGUAAAUAUUUGCUUAAUUUUUUUUCUUAAUAGACUUUAUGUUCAUCAAAUAAAUAAUUCUGUGACACUUAGACUAAAUAAAACAUAGGAACCAAACAUAUACUCAGAAUAGAAGCUUAUACUAAAAGCUUGGGAACCUCUUCUUUUGAAAUGACAGUAAAAUAAGUAAAAUGUCUUUUAGAAUACAAACACUCUGCAGGAAAAAAAAAUGAAAUAAUAUAACAAUAGUUGGACAUAUUUUCUGGCACAGAUAAUAGUGUUCAACGAGGAAAUAAAAGUUUCUUACAUUAUUAUUUUCCAUUUAUAUUUACAAUUAAAGGUUCUGUUUUGA